GUGCAACCUGGCGCCAGUGCAGGAGUACGCCCGGGACGUGGGGCUCAAGACAGACCUGGUGACCAUGAACCCCUCGGUCAUCCAGCGUGCCUUCGAGGACCUGGUCAACGCCACGUGGCGGGAGAAGCUGCUCCAGCGGCUGCACAGCCUCAACGGCAGCAUCCUGUGGAUCCCCGCCUUCAUGGCCAGGGGCGGCAAGGAGCGUGUGGAGUGGGUCAACGAGCUCAUCCUGAAGCACCGCGUCAACGUGCGGACUGCCUACCCGUCUCUGCGUCUGCUGCACGCUGUCCGCGGGUGA